AUGGAAUCGGAUGCGGAGGUUGCAGCAGAGAAGUCUUUGGGCUUAGCCUCCGCGGCACCUGCAUCCGCUGUGACCGAUGCUGUUGAUGUGGCUGAUGGUCUUUCCGCUGCGGAGUAUCGUAAGCUCAUCUGGAAGCUGGAUGUACAUCUUCUACCACCACUUUUUGUACUAUGGUUCAUCUCAUUGAUCGAUCGAGUGAACAUUGGAACUGCGAGAAUCCAGGGUCUUGAGAAGGACCUUGGCAUGAAUCCUCGGACCAACCAGUUUAACAUUGCAACUGUCGUGGUUUUCAUCGGGCUUAUGCUCGCAGAGGUUCCAAGUAAUUGGCUCAUCAAACGAUAUGAACCGGCAACCGUGCUCUGCAGCGAAUGCAUUAUUCUCGGGAUCUUCACCAUCUGUCAAGGGCUGCUUCACAAUUUUGCUGGACUCGUUGGAAUACGUCUUGUCAUUGGAAUCUUGGAAGCGGGACUUAUUCCUGGUUCCAUCUUUCUGCUGUCAGCAUAUUACCCACGAUAUGAAUUGCAGUGGCGUGUAAGUAUGCUACAUGUUGGCAAUGCAAUUUCAAAUGCCUUUGGCGGGCUUCUGGCGUUCGCUGUAGCAAGCAUUCACUCAUCUAACGGAUGGAGUGGAUGGAGAUGGAUCUUCGUUAUUGAGGGUUUGAUCACAAUAGUCCUUACACUUGUUUGUUGGCCGUUUAUAAAUAACUGGCCAGCCACGGCAAAAUGGCUCAAACCAUAUGAAAAGGCGGUUCUCGAAGAACGAAUUCGAGCAGAUGGCAUCAUUGGCCGCAUGGACAUCUUGGACAGAAAAGCUGUAAUUAGAUGUAUUACAGACUGGAAAGUUUAUCUCAGUGCUUUUAUAAUUAUCGGCAUUAUUUCCAGCGUGUACUCGUGCACCUUAUUCGCACCUACCAUUGUCCAGGUUCUCAAACCAACAUAUACGCCAAGGAAGAUUCAGUCCCUAGUGAUACCGAUCUUUAUCUCUGCAUCUAUUAGCACUCUCUCAUUUGCCUAUAUAUCUGAUAAGUUGAAGCAUCGCGCGGGGAUUGCACUGGCUGGCUGUUUUAUUGCCAUUAUCGGUUAUAUCAUUCUUCUCAACCAAGAGCAUGUCUCGGUCAACGCUCGAUACGGUGCUUUAUAUCUGAUCGCUUCCGGGUCCUUUGCUGCUCUACCUGGAGCAUGGAUCCUGCUUUUGAACAAUGUUUCUGGAUCUUACAAGACUGCUUUUGCCAUGGGUAUGGAGAUCGGUCUAGGCAACGGCGGUGGCUUCGUUGCUUCGCUAUCGUUCCAAUCCAAAGAUGCUCCGUUCUACUGGUCCGGUUUCAAGACCACCUUUUCGCUCAUGUGCAUGGCAGUGGGUCUGAUCUGCAUUUAUGUGGCUGGGCUUUGGUACGAAAACAAGCAGAAGCGCGCUGGAAACAGAAACGCUCUCCUCACUGAAGAGGGCGACAAUUUAGGAGAUGCUCAUCCUGAGUUUAUUUAUACUUAUUAG